GAACCGAGAGUCGAAAGGAAUCAGCAUCGGUUGGGGAUAGAGAACGAUCCACUACACCACUAUGUUUCUAAACUUAAGGGGUGGUAUGACGAAAGCAAAGAGGUGGACGAGCGCCAUAUUCCCAACGAUAUCAUGCGACUAAUUAAGAUAAUUGGUGACACAGUGAACAUAUAA